GAGAGAGAGAGAGAGAGAGAGAGAGAGAUGAAAGAGAGAUCGGAGGGAGGAGGGAGACAGAUUGAUGAUCCCGUCCAAGGGUAGGUGAAUAGGUUCUCUUGAUUAUGAAUUGAAGCGUCGUUGAGGCGCCGGCUGUAGAAAAGUGAAAAGAGAUGGGAAAGCGAGACAAGAAACAGAGACACCAACACAGAACCUCCCACAGAGCUGCCUUUCACUACACUGAAGAAGGUGAAGAAGGUGUCAGCUUUGAAAGUCAUGCUGCUUCCAAGUUCAGUCUUUCUGAAGAAGAAGAAGAAGAAGAAGUAGAAAAAAAAGACGAAGUCGAAGACGAAGCAGAGAUUGAGGAAACAGAGGAAACUGAUAAAUACCCAUCAAAAGAUAUGCCCUCAAAGUUUCUUCUUUAUCAACAAUCUGUGCAGUCGCCAAAAGGAGACAUAAGCUAUUUGCAGAAGUUCUUUUUGAUGUAUGUGGGUGGGAGGCAACCUCUCCAUCUCCAAGAAGAUUUUUGUGGCACUGCUCUUCUUAGUGCAGAAUGGCUUCGCACGGACUCUAGAAGGACUGCUGUAGGGUUGGAUUUGGACCUUGAAGCGCUAGAAUGGUGCAUGGAGAACAACAUAAAUAAGAUAGGGUCUGAUGGGUAUUCCAGAAUAUCCCUCUUCCAUGGGAAUGUCUUGCAACCUCUUGAGGCCAAGCUAAUUGAGUUUGAGCCCCAGGAGCUGAUAAGAAACAUUUCACUCUCUGAAAACAAAGAUGUUUCUGAGAGUGGUGGACUUGAAGGGGGUUCUUCUUCUCCACAUAAUGAGAAGUACAUGAGGAACCAUCCAUUGCCUGCUAGAGACAUAGUGUGUGCUUUUAACUACAGCUGUUGCUGUCUUCAUCGACGUGCUGAACUGGUUUUGUAUUUCAAGCAUGUUCUUGAUGUCUUGUCAAAGAAAGGUGGAAUAUUUGUAAUGGAUUUAUAUGGUGGUACAUCAUCAGAGUGCAAGUUAAGGCUUCAAAGGAAAUUUGCCAAUUUCACGUAUUUUUGGGAGCAAGCUGAAUUUGAUAUCAUUGAGCGCAAAACAAGGAUUAGUCUCCAUUUCCAUCUCAAAAAGCAGCAGAAGAAACUUCGACAUGCAUUUUCAUACAGCUGGAGGCUGUGGUCAUUGCCUGAGAUUAAGGACUGCUUAGAAGAGGCAGGUUUUCAAUCUGUCCACUUUUGGUUGCGCGAGAUGCAAGACACCAGAGAAAUCAGAAAAACAGAAGGUUUUGGUGUUGGGCGAGACAUAAAAUAUGAAGAGGUUACAAAAUUUCAGCAACAAGAUGCUUGGAAUGCAUAUGUCGUAGCUGUUGCCUAGCUUCAUGCUAUCAAGUGCCAACUAAUGCAACGGUUGCAGAGACUGGGGAGGGUCAUUUUGCAACUUUGCUCUGGCCUUGAAAAACUUCCAUGAGGUUGGCUUAUAUGCUAAUAACUUCAACAGUCAUGGACUCUUAACAUUCAUCUUCUGUCAACGUGUCUUUUGUCAUGUUUGCAUGUCCUUUGGAAUCGAAAGUUAGAACUUGCUGGUACUCACCCUUGCUAUACGGGCGUCAUGGUUUUAGUCAAUGUAUGCUGGUAUUUUCGUACAUGGCAAUUUCAAUGAUCAAAUCAAUAGUCAGAUAGACAUUUUUGAAUAUUGAUGUCACAUUCGUUUUUUAAAGUCCAGCAAUCAGCCACUAGCCAGUGCAGGAAUAAGAUUGCGCUCUACCUUAA